ACAACUGACAGAUUUGGCAGCACUUUUCAUUUUUCAGCUAAAAAAAAUUGUAAAUUGUUCCAUAAUCCUAAAAUUAGCUGGUUAGAGGUAAAUUCUAAUAGCCAAAAAAAAUAGAUACAAGAUGCUGGGAUGUGCCUGCUCGUGCUUCAAGCUGAUGCUCAAGGCUCAGAACAGCUGCGCAGUCGGCCAGAGGAACGGCAAUUGGUACUGGAAUGGGCGUGGCACGCGCAACUACAAGGUGACGGUGGUGGGCGCGGGGGGCGGCAUUGGACAGCCGCUGUCGAUGCUGCUCAAGCAAAAUCCGCUGAUUGAUGAACUAACGCUGCAUGAUGUUUGCGACAUAAAGGGCGUGGCAGCUGACCUUUCGCACAUCUGCACCUCGACGCAGGUUGACUUUUUUGACGGUGUCAAGGAGCAGGAGCUGAUUGAUUCGCUGCACGAUUCGCAUGUGGUCGUGGUGCCAGCGGGGCUGCCCCGCAAGCCGGGCAUGACACGGGAUCAGCUGGUGGACGCCAACUCCGGCGUGGCAAUGGCCGUAUCUUCUGCCGUGGGCAUCGCUUGUCCCGAGGCGCUGCUAGCGUUCAUUACGAACCCGAUCAACACCUUAGUGCCCAUUGCGGCGGAAUUUCUCAAGGCCAAAGGUGUCUUUGAUCCGAAUCGCCUGUUCGGGGUCACAACGCUGGACGUGGUGCGUGCCAGAACCUUCAUUGCGGACUACAUGAACAUAGAUCCGGCGACAGUGGAAGUGCCCGUCAUCGGCGGCCAUUCGGGCAUUACCAUACUGCCGAUCUUCUCCCAGUGCAUGCCCAAAUUCACCGGCGAGGAAGAGGACGUGAAGCAGCUGACGCAGCGCAUACAGGAGGCCGGCACCGAGGUGGUCAAGGCCAAGGCGGGCAAGGGCUCCGCCACCCUCUCGAUGGCCUAUGCCGGCGCCUACUUCGUCAACGCCCUGCUGCGUGGCCUGAACGACGAGCCGAAUGUGAUCGAAUGCGCCUACGUGGCCUCCGAUGCCACGGAACUGCCGUUCUUCGCCACGCCUCUGGAGCUGGGUCCCAACGGCAUCAAAAACAAUUUGGGUGUGCCCUGCCUGAAUGCCGACGAGGAGGCGGCCUUCCUAAAGCUGCUGCCAGAGCUGCGUCAGAAUAUUGAACGGGGCCAAAGCUACGCAGGGAAGAUAAUCGCUGUGUCCAAGCCUGACCAGAUCAAGGAGCCCGACUGCAAAGCCGAAGACUCGGCGAAAUAUGCUCAGAGCAACUAGGAAACAAUUCACACUAAUCUACCAACGACAUCUUGACGCAGUUCCUCAUUCAUUGAAUGUAACACACACGCACACACACACAUAUAUAUAUAUAUAGACAUAUACAUACAUAUACAUAUGUGCAACUAGUCAAACCCGUAUGCUGUGUCUGGGGUCGUCGCAGUCAAUUGGUGAAGCAUCAUGCUGCCGCCGCUGAUAAGUGAUUGCAUAGGCGCCAACUGAUUACAAUGCUGGACUCUGGGGGAAUCCCUGCCCCCCCUCCAGUCUCCACGAUGCAAUGCCAACAAACAAGCCAACCAAUUUAUUCUGGUAUGCGUACUUUCCGGCAACUGCUCAAAAUAUUUUUCUUUUGAAUAUCGAUUGGAAAAUGUUGAAAAAUUAUCUCACCGUGGGAAUCCCCGUAAAUUUCUUGCACAACUCAAUUAAUACAAAAAUCGAGCAACUUUUUAAUUUAACAAGUUUUUUUUUAUAAUCAGCGAGAUGGCAAAAAAUCAAGAAAAUUCCCCGAAGAAAAAUGCGUCACAAAAUGUACUCAAUUUCGUAAUAGAUUCAUACAAUUUUUCCAUGUAAAAUGAGUGCAAUAAAUAAACUUUCAUUGUUCCACAA